CCUUUACGCCGGUGCAUUCAUUUUUCAAACUGUUGGUAUGUUUACACCUAAGUGAAUUUCAAACGACAAAUGCGACUCUGUUGGACUAUUGUACAGUUGUUGCGGUGGACCUGAUAACAAUACUUGCAGACGUACGCAGAGAGAGGACGGUAAGUACAGGCCCCGAGGUUAUAAACAUUUUAAAAAUCUCAACUCAGAACUCAGCUCAAAACUCCGAGUUUGAACUCAGUUGAGAUUUGAGCUCAAAGUGAGAUUAUAAAAACUUCUGAGACCGAUCUCAGUUGAGCACGAAAAUGAGUCGAUUUCGUUAUUUACAUAAGCGGCCCGGAGUACCGGAAGUUUACAGUUCGUCUGCUGUAAAUAUGGAGCCGACAGACAUGACAGAAGUUGAAUGUGUUCCCAAGGCGGAUAAAUCAAGGUGGACAGUGGCAGAGGAGUCCACCUUGAUAGAUCUCGUCCUUGGGAACGAGAAUUUAUUGUUUGGUGCCCUUGCGGGCCCAAACAAGGAGAGUAUCCGGAGAUCCCGACAGAAAUGCUGGGAUGACAUUUGCCAGCAACUGAACAGUCAAUUCAUAAAUUCUAAAAAAGAUGUUGCUGGCAUCAAGAAGAAAUUUUCCAACAUAAAGCAGAGUACCAAAGAGAAAAUUGAUAAUGCUAAAAAAAGUAGGAAGAAGACUGGAGGAAGGCCUGAAGCUCCACAGUGCAUUCCUGCAGAAGAAGCCCUCCUCCAAGUCACUGGUGACCGGCCAGGAAUGGUUGGCAUCCCAGAAGCCAUAGACACUGAUGGUAAGGUAUAUUUAUAAUAUGUUUAGUAAUCAUGGUAAUGGAAUAUUUACGAAAUAAUAUACCCCAAACAGUGAUUUUAUUGCUUAAUAAAUAGAGGAUAUUGAAUGAGUGUAAGUUCAAAACUGAAUUUAUUGCACAAGUUGAAUAAAAUCAUAU